AUGGCCACCGACGACGCCACACCUCCGACGUCGUCCGGCGGGAUCCUCACGACGACGCGGUGUCUGAUAGAUCACUGCUUCGAUCUAGACGAAGCCUUGUGCCUCCCCGCCGACAUCCCCCGACAGGUCGCCGAAUCCAACUCCUUGGUCGACAGCCUGCCGGCGGCCGUCGUCGUCGUUCCGUCCGACGGUUAUUAUCUGUGCCCUAUUUGCCGGGAAGGAUUCCCGCCCCAGGAGAACAACGGUAAGAGAGUGCCGUGCGGCCACGUGUAUCAUGCGGCUUGCAUCUCCUCCUGGCUCUCUAACUCCGGCGACGGCUCGUGCCCUCUCUGCCGCGCCAGCAUCUCCGCCGGGCGUGACCGGAAAUGA